CGUGCCAUGCGCACUGGCGGUUGUUGUUGUUGUCAAUGGUUGUUAUGGCUGGACUAGGCCUCGGACUCUACUGACAGAGGACCAACGCACCACCCCGUCUCAGCCACGGGACAACCGCCACCCAUGGAGGGCACGGACAUGGACGUGGACGCGGAGCUCAUGCAGAAGUUCAGCUGCAUGGGCACCACGGACAAGGACGUGCUCAUAUCUGAGUUUCAGAGGCUGCUGGGUUUCCAGUUGAACCCUGCCGGCUGCGCCUUCUUCCUGGAUAUGACCAAUUGGAAUCUACAGGCUGCUAUUGGUGCAUAUUAUGACUUUGAAAGUCCCAACAUCAGCACACCAUCUAUGUCGUUUGUUGAAGAUGUGACGAUCGGGGAAGGAGAGUCUGUCCCUCCAGAUACACUGUUCACAAAAACAUGGCGAAUACAAAACACAGGUGCGGCGUCAUGGCCACCAGGCGUUUGUCUCAAGUAUAUUGGCGGGGAUCAGUUUGGGCAUGUGAAUGCAGUGAUGGUGAAGUCACUAGAUCCACAGGAAAUCUCAGAUGUGAGCGUGCAGAUGCGAAGUCCCACAAGUCCAGGCAUGUAUCAGGGACAGUGGAGAAUGUGCACAGCCACUGGGUUAUUCUAUGGAGAUGUCAUCUGGGUAAUUCUUAGUGUAGAAGUUGGAGGUCUGCUUGGCGUCACACAGCAGCUUUCUUCCUUCGAGACAGAAUUCAACACACAGCCCCAGCGCAGUGUACAGGAAGACUUCAACCCCUUCGCUUCGCCACAGAAGAACAAACACGAUGCCUCUGACGGCAGCUUCAAAGAUCCCGGUGAAGCCUGGGAACACACGCAGGAGUCAAUCCCGCAAGAUCAGAAUGGACUCUCUCAUAAUGCUGUACAUAGAGCCUCAAAUGGUCUCCAAACCAAUUUUUCCAUGGUGACUUAUGGCCAGGGUAUUCAUGGUCCCUAUCCGUUUGGACAGAGCUAGAAUAACAACGAGCACCCCCCACCCUAUUCCCGGCAUCCUGGGAGUCCUUAAAAGGCAGAGGAGCUGGACGGGGGAGAACCAGUUGUUUUAUAUUGACUCAUGACAACACUCUCCUCAAGCCCCCUCGUGGAGCUUUACACAGAAACUCGGUCAGCAGAACGAUGAUGGAUCACACGUGCCACAGAGCCUGACAUGGGUUCGCAUGUGUGAAUGCUUCGUUUAAGAGUGCUGCGAAGCUUUAAAGACAGGAACACGUGACUAUUUUUAUUUCCACCAAACAACACACCUGGUUAAAGAAAAAAAUCACCCAUGGUUACCUACAUACGGUUUGUGAGUCUCUCUCAUUUGCUGGGGUUACUACCCUCCACUACCUGAACAUGAACAUGGUGGUCUUUUGAACACCAAGCCAAGCCAGGGUAGAUUCAGACAGUUGUGUGGAAAAGUCUUUUAGAAUGCUGGAGUCCAUCUCAGAGGCAUCCUAACUCUUCGGUCCCAUUCGCUGUUGUUCCUAAAGAGGAUAAAAAUCGUAAGAGCUUCUCAUUUAUUGGAAACGUAACUAAAGGUUGUGGCGAUUGUUUAGACAGAUUUCUUUUAUUUUAGGCGUUUCAUCUGUCUCCCAAAAGGUAUUUGGACAAAAAUGAAGAAGAAAGUUGAUGUUUCAGAUUUAAAAUAUCACACUAUAAUAGUUAAAAUCAUCAUAUUCUUCUGUUUGGACCUUAAAGUUGUCACACUAAGUGUUCGUACUUAAAUGUGCUUAAUUUUUUUUUUUUAGCCCAACCCGUGAACUCUGAUUGGAUUACGUCAUUUGUUAGCUUUAGUGUGAAAACAUUUGUUUUUAAAAGAUGCGUUCACAAAGAUUGUAUAUAUUGGAUGUUUUUGGUUUUACUUAUAAUAGAAUAUUUGCCUUUUUAGGGGAAAAUAUCAACAAAUAACUGAAAAGCCAAACACUAAAACCUAUUUGCAUUACACUCAAAGUAUUCUGUCAUUCUGUUUCACAAGAAUCUGAAAAGGUCUUUGUGUCUGCGGUUUACGGGAAAUUAUUUGGGAUGUCUUUGGGAAGAGAUACUGGUCCAUUCUUGUGUAGGAACCCCGUUUCUCCCAAAGAUGAAAUGUGCACGGGAGCGGGCAGGACCAGGCCCGUUUUUUAGGGCCUCGAUUGGUUCAUGCAGCACGAGACCGGCUGCAUUUUUAAGGUUUUCACUUUGAAGUAAACGCUGAAAAGGACGCAAGUGCGUUAGAGAAAGGUAUGUGGUUGAAAAAGCCAUUAAAUCUAUUUUGCCUGAUGAGUGACUAAAAUAAAAAAAGAUGUGUGUUUGAGUGCGCAUGAUUUUUUUUUUCCCUCAUACUUAACUGAAAUAAACAAGUGUAUGCUACUUGGGUAAAGGAUGACUGGACACACACCGUUACUAAGAGAGCUUUAACAGUUGCGUACCUCAGAAGUAUUUUUUUCAUCAACUCUGCAUCAUUUGGGUGAAGUGAUGUAAGAGCACCCUUAUCUUAUUUAUUUGCCGUCUAUUUUUGUGCACUGCAGAUUCAACGUGUCCCCUUUUACUACCAGUAGGUGGUGCUAAAAAUCAGAAGACGACAUUGUUCUGAGUAUGAGUUGUAGUGUGAGUGGUAUAGCUUCUGAACAUGAGAAUUAAUGAGUUGCAUCAGCUUUGUUUGUGCUUUUCUGUUAAUUGCUAUUUGCACUAUGAUGUCAACACUUUUGGAAAGAAAAAGACUAUUUUGUUGGGCUUUUUGUGGACUGUGACACCAGCAUUUUCACCCUGAAAAACGUCCGUGGGCUUUGUUUGUUGCUCUGUGUUUUCCCAACAUGAACUUUUCACACAUCCGUUUGGUUGCUGCAGAAAUGUCAGAUGUUAAAUACGAAGAUGACUUUACCUUUUGUUUUCACUGCCUGAAUGAGCUCAUCUUCAGCUCUGGGGUGUCUUUUUUUUGUCUGGAUGUGUUCUUCGUGUAUUUUUGGUUUAAAAUAAAAACAGAAAACAUUA